AUGGCGACAGAUAUUAAAGUGCUGCUUUGCAUCGGACUUGCUGUCGUACUGACAGGUGUGGGAAAGUCUGCCUUUAUUGGGAAGAGCCACGGCGGAGGGAAGAGCGACUCUGUGCUGCAGUAUGUUGUUAACAACUCACUGAGGGAGCACCCAGUCCUCACCAAACUCAAACUGAGAACCCUUGAAGACCCGUGGGGUGUCAUGAUGGUUGCCAGUGAACAGGCCCAGUUUAUGGCAAAUCUCAUUAAACUGAUAAAUGCAACUAAGGCUAUUGAGAUUGGGAUGUACACAGGGUACAAUGCAUUGAGCAUGGCGUUGGCCAUGCCGGCGAAUGGAGUUGUGGUGGCCUGUGAAAUAGAGGAGACCUAUGUGAACAUUGCCAAGCCAUUUUUUAAAGAGGCUGGAGUUGAAAACAAGAUAGACGUGCAGCUUGAAAUAGCCCUGAAGACACUGGACGCACUGAUAGCAGCCGGGGAAGCUGGGACUUUUGACUUUGUGUUCAUCGAUGCUGAUAAAUCCAACUAUGACAGCUACUAUGAGAAGUCCCUCGAGCUCAUACGAACAGGGGGCAUCAUUGCGAUCGACAAUGUGCUGUGGGGCGGAAGGGUCGUGAAUCCUGCGCCCAGUGACAUCACCUCCCAGGGUCUGGAUGCUCUCAACAAGAAGCUACACAAGGACCAGAGGAUUGAUCUGAGCAUGCUCACCGUGGGCGACGGGCUGACCAUUGCCAUCAAACGCUAA